GACAUUGAUCCUAUGACGCAUGCCCGGAAGAAACAACUUUUCCUUCUGAAACAUCCAGCUGGUACUGCUGGCCAAGCUUCAUCACCAACAGGCAGCAGGAGGAUGGACAGGACCGACGCAGAGUGUGGUGAGCAGAGAGAUGGAGAUGCCACCGAGGCUCCGAACUGUCCAAGUGGGUUUGUGGGGACAAACAAAAGCAAGAAUUUGCAUGAAGUGCGAAAGACAUACCCACUGAGGAGACGUCUCCUUCCCUCAGUGAACAAAAAGACCUGCAAAGUGCUCCUUACCAGGCUGGAGGAUGUGGCUGGAUCUCUGUCGAAACAGACUCAGAGCUGUAAAAAAAAGGACCUUCCCAGUUGGAUGGAGGGUUUGGGACCUGCUUUGUUCUCCGAACAAGCUCAGCCUGUGGGAGGAGGGAAGAGUGAUUCAUCUGGGGAAAAGUGCACAAUAACUUACCCAGGGACAGAGCAAGACCUUGAUACUGCUCCUUCUGAGCCCAGGAAACGCAGGCUGGCCUCGCUGAAUGCAGAGGCAGUGAACAAUCUGCUUUUUGAACGGGACGAUGGCUUAUUAUCCAGCAGGCGUUUUCGGAGGGACUCCAUUAAAGCUGGUGGAGACUGCACUGUGAAGAGCUUGCAUUGCAAAGCUGGUGACAACUGGCCUGUGCUGGAAAAAACAGCUGUGAAAACAGGUAAAGGAAAAAACCGGCAUGAGCCCAGUCAGAAAUGCAAUAGCUGUGACCAUUCACUGGAUGAGGUCUUCGAUGAUGGGACAAAGAGGGAGGAUGGUGCCAUCUCCUAUCACCCUACCCCAAAGAGACUGGCCAGCCUGAAUGCUGUGGCCUUUCUGAAGCUGACCCAUGAGAAAGACCAACCACUGAAGCAGAGGAGUAAAUCGGAUGGAGAAGGCAAGUCUGAGAACCACUGUUCAAAAUCUACACUCAAAUGGGCCAAAGCCGGUAGGAAGAAUUGCGUCAAAUCCAAGAAGGAAAUGACUGGCUUAAAAAUGGAAGGUCAGCAUGGCUGGCGAGGACUUACUCUAGGUGCUUUUGGGAAAGGAGAGCAGCGGGACUCCUCUAGGCUCUACGGGACGACAGAACCUGUCCCUUAUGAGUCACUGUCUAGCUCCUAUGCUAGCACAGAGGGUUUCUACCACAGACUGCCUUUGCUUAUGGGCGGACAAGCUUCCAUGAAGCCGGAGUAUGGAAGACCCGGAGAGAAAUCCCCAACCCCCAAACAGGAAUUUCAUCAGCCUUCCUUUCCUGCGCAGCAGUUCCCUCCCUUGCCUGUGCCCGGAAAUCACACGGAUUGUGGAUGUCUCUAUGAAUCCUCGGAUCUGACUCCGUUGAACGGGUUUUACGUUUAUUAUGGCCAAAGUGGAUACAGUGGCUACUCUCACUGCUCCGUUUACCCCAAGGACGAGCUUUCGCAAUCUGCUACCUGCGAGGGGCUCUUGGUAUCGCCCAGUUCCUUGCCAUCAGGUGCUCAUUUCCAGCCACUCCACUGGUGUAACUCUCCGUACUGUUGUGGAGAAGGAACGGCGAUUAACAGUUACAGCGUUUGCGGAGUUGUGCACGUGCCAGAGGGCAGGAUUAGCAGCGUGCACGCAGGACGGAACAGCUACCCCUACAAAAUGCCUUUUGCAGCAGAAGGCUGCAAGUCUCUGGACCAGCUGAACCUCACAAUCCCUGUGGCAGGGCACCCCGCGUCACCUGCCCACCCGCUCUCAGGAUGUCCUGUACCCAGUGUGCCACCGGCUGCAGAACCCGUUCCUCAUCUGCAGACCCCCAACUCUGAUCCUCAGACCAUGGCCCGAGAAUGCCCACAGAGCUCAAAGCCUCCCAGCGGCUCCAAAUCCGGACUCCGAAAUACUACGGGCUGUCUCCACGCCUCCGACAGCAAAGCAGCGGGAGGUCAUUCCCAUCCAAAGCAGCAGCGCAUUAGCAGGCGGAGAGCUACCAAUGGCUGGAUACCGGUUGGCGCAGCCUGCGAGAAGGCCGUCUACGUUGUGAAUGAGCCAGAGCCAGCUGUUCGCAAGAGCUAUCAGGCUGUGGAGAGAGAUGGGGAGAUUAUCCGGGUACGAGAUACUGUCCUCUUGAAAUCAGGACCCCGGAAGAAAUCUAUGCCAUAUGUUGCGAAGAUAUCGGCACUGUGGGAAGACCCCAAAACAGGGGAGCUGAUGAUGAGCCUCCUGUGGUAUUACAGACCGGAGCACACUCAGGGAGGCCGCAACCCCAGUAUGCACCAGAAUGAGAUCUUUGCAUCCCGGCAUCAGGACGAAAACAGUGUUGCCUGCAUAGAGGAGAAAUGCUACGUGCUGACCUUUGCAGAGUACUGCAGAUUUUGUGCCUUGGCAAAGCGUCGAGUCGAAGGGAUCCCAGGCAGGAAAACAAUUAUGGUUCCUCCCUCAGAAGAGUACUCCACACCUCUGCACCGCAAGGUGCCUGAGGACACUGACCCUGAGCUGGUUUUCCUCUGUCGUCACGUCUAUGACUUCAGACACGGGCGCAUCUUGAAGAACCCGCAGUAGCACCAUUCUUCAGUCGGACCGCGGUGAGGAUGAGUGGCACCGGAGAGCCGACAGCAGGCGGAUGGUCUGGGACAUCUGUGCACUCUCAACAACUUACCUUGUGCUGCUUGCAGAUGAGAGCGCCCAGCGCUCUUUCCUCGGACUGAAAAGUGUGCGCAGGAGCAGAUCCCUGUAGAGGAAGGCAGCAGUUGAAAGCACAGCACUUCAUUAAAAGCAUAAAUGAAAAUAUAUACGUAUAAAAUAAAUAUAUGUAUAUAGAUA